UCCACCCUGCCUUCCUGUCUAUGGUUGCACAGGAAACCGUCAAGCCCUUAAACUGCGGUUCCCAGGACGUUUGGUGUUUCCCAGGCUGCUUUGCAAAAGCAUGGCGGGCAAGAUGUGAAUGUCAAUAGGGAGGUAAACAGGGCAUUUUAAUUCAAGAGAAAAAAGGAAAGGUGUGCCUAACCUCUCUUAAAGAUUUUUUGUCUUUAUAUCCGCCUGAUACAGUGUGUGACGUGAUGAGCUGAUUUCAUGUCUUGUCCGCCUGGGUGUGUGGAUUACGAAGCUUUCCAAGUUGCAGUCCCGAAGCCUCAGUGUUUGUGAAGAUGAUUUGUGCUUUUCUCCGAGUUGUACAGCAUGCGGAGAAGCUUCACCGGCCCUUGGGCCAGCCGCUGCUGUCGCCACACUUCAAGCUCACCACAGCUUGCUUGAAGACUCAGCCUUUGAGACUGAGGCUGCUGGAGCAGAAGACAACAAUACAACCUAGCACUGUUCUUGGGUUCGCCCAGAAAACCUUCUGGACACAAGGACCGGACCCCCAGAAAGCAAAGGAGGACAAUAGAAAGCAGGUGUCUAUUCGCAGAGAGGAAACCGGCGUCUCCACGUCUCAGAAAGUGAAAGAAGCCGGGCGAGACCUCACCAACUUGAUAGUGGUGCUCUUGGGAGUCAGCAUUACAGGUGGCUUGUUAUACACCAUUUUCAAGGAACUGUUUUCUUCAUCCAGCCCUAACAUAAUAUAUGGAAAAGCCUUAGGAAAAUGCAGAGCACACCCUGAGGUGAUCAGUGUGUUUGGUGAGCCUGUUAAAGGCUAUGGGGAAAUGUCAAGACGAGGGCGGAGACAGCACGUCAGUUUUGUUGAAUAUGUGAAAAAUGGGCUAAAGCGCAUCCGUGUGAAAUUCUACAUUGAAGGCUCUGAGCCAGGGAAGCAAGGAACGGUCCAUGUAGAAGUGGAAGAGAACCCAGGGAGUGGCCAGUUUGAAUUUCGAUACAUAUUUGUGGAAGUGACUCCUACAAGAUCUAUUGUCGUUGAAGAUAAUCGUUCGCAGCAGAGUUAAAAGAGUCAAGCCCACAUGCUGUUUGCUGUGGGAAAUGGAGGCCUCAUCCACACUGUGACCAUCACAGUGGGCUUCCAGAGUCUACUCUGAAAGACAGGGAUAAAGUGUGUCACACAGAAAGGGAGUGCAACGUGAGAGUUCAUAUGUUGGACACACCAAACUAAGAUCUUUCUUGUAAAAAAUCAUGAGAUGUAGCAAAUUUUACAUUAUUAUUUUGAAUUGCCAAUCAUGACAGUAUUUCAGCUCUACGUUCAUGAUAAUUUUGUUACUAAAUUUAUCAUGUUACAAAUUUGUUACUAAUUUAAUUUGUUAUUAAAAUUUAUACAACACAUAAA